ACAAAACAAUAGCAUGAAACAGACGAGUGGCUGUGAACAGCAAGAGCCUGCGAUUCCUAAAAUGCGAGACACAAGAAGCAUGAAGAGGGUGCAAAGUCUAAGCAGGACUCCAUCACCUGCUACAAUAAGCAAAAGAAAAAGAGGCAUAAGAGGGAGUCUGUGGAGCACAACUGGAUCCCUGCCGUUUGUGGGAGCUUGGAUCUCAGCAGCUACUUUUGAUGUUGUCGAUGGUGAGGAGCAGCAGCAGCAACUGGACUACGGGGAAAAUGGCAUAGUACUUGACCCGGUUGAGCAUGCCUGGAUGCUAAUGGUAGCAGAAGGCAACUUUGAUGAGCUGCAGGAGUCUUUACAGGAGGAUCCUACUUUGCUUUAUAAGAGAGAUUUUGUGACUGGUUAUUCUGUUAUUCACUGGAUAGCAAAACAUGGCCAUCAUGAGGACCUAAUACAACUUAUGGAUUUUGCCUCAGCCAGUGGCUACAUCAUAGAUGUCAAUACCCGUGCCAGCGGGGGAUUAACUCCCCUCCAUAUUGCAGCUCUUCAGGGACAUGCCAUGGUCAUCAAAGUACUGGUGGGUGCGUACAAUGCAGAUGUCCAUAUUCGGGACCAUAAUGGACGGAAAGCUUGGCAGUGUCUAAAGCCUGGUGCUGAUAGCAAGCUUCUGAUACUCUUGGGGGCUCCUGAAGAAGAGGAAACUGGUGCAAUGGCUGCAAGGAAUAACAAUAAUAACAGUCAUGUAAACAUACUUCGAAAUAUUGUGCCAUGGGACAGUGAUGAAACUGAUUCUACUGCUAAAAUGACAAUGGCUGUAGCACCUAUCAGGAACUUUUUUAAAAAUGCCUAUAGUUUUCUAAAAAAGUGGUAACUAUUGGCAUGCUGCAACACAAUGGCAUGAGCAAUUUAGA